GCUUGGUUUUUCCAAAACAGAACUUUUACAAGGUCUCUAGUAAUACGACCAUCAUCUUUACUGGUUACCUGAAGGAGAUGAGGUGCAGCUUCCGACUUGCAUACUUAUUUCUAUACAACCUGCUGCAGUUUUGCGGGCACACAUGGAUAUUCGCGAAUAUGACUGCAAGGUUCUUGUCGUUCGGUGGGGACGCCCUGGCAGACACCUUCUACUCAGUGGGUGUGAUGAUGAGUCUAUGCCAGCUGCUCUCUGUGCUUGAACUGUUUCAUAUUGCAGAUGGCAUCGAGAAGGGCAGUCUCCUUCUUCGCUUCAUCCAGGUGAUGGAGAGAAAUUUCGUUCUUUUUGUAGUGAUCAUCAGUCAAGAGGAUUUUCAGAGUAAAACUAUUGUAUGUGUGCUGUUUUACCUAUGGAACAUACUGAACUUAUUCAGGUAUCCACACAGAUUAAUGUGUCUCAUUAGCACACCAUCAUCCAACAUGCUGUGGGUUCGUCACACCCUGUCUAUCCCUGUGUACUUACUCUCCGCCAUAGCAGAAGGUGUCAGUAUUUAUCAGGCUCUUCCAUAUUUUGAGUCUCAGGGCAUGUACUCAGUCCAGCUGACAGUGCCCGUCUCUGUUUACAUCCAUUUCCCUCAUGUCCUCAGGGCUUAUUUGCCUCUGCUGGCCGCAGGGGCAUGUGUAGCUGUGUGGCUUUUGCUUCAGGAGAGGCAGCAGAUUCUGGACAGUUGGAAUAAGAAGCAGAAAAGAAAGUGAUUGGGGGAAAAGGGAAAGCAUACCUCAUUUCCUGACCUCUGGUAUGUGCUGGCUUGAACAAUCAAUUCCAUGGGACACUGAUAAAGGAAGUCAG